UUCUUGUUGUUCGAUGGCAAGCUUAUGACUGUAUUUUAUUUAAGGGAAAUUCUUCAAUAUUUCGCAAGUUUACGGCUUGAUCGUGAUACUGAAGACAUUAAUGGACUGAGGGAACUCCGUAAGACAUGUAAUACAUAAAAGUUUGAGUGCGUAUGAUCGUUGGGUGCAUGACAGUUUGCACGUGGGAAAGAGCAACAUGAUCAUCAAAGGGCAGUCUUGUGUUGUGUCACCCUUGCUAGUACUUACUCUACUUGGGCUGACGUCAGCAUUUAGCUUUGGGCCGAACUUUGUUCCGCCUGAGCCGCCCCCUGCUGUGAGAAUAAAACGAUCUCCACGGGAUAUACGAGAUGGAGUUUGCCAGAACAUCGACAUCAGAAACAACGUCUCCAAUCUCAUGGCUCUAGAGAACUGCACCAUCAUAGAUGGAUACCUGCGGGUUCUACUUAUUGACCGAGGCAGCUGGGAGAUGUACCAGAACUAUUCAUUCCCAAAACUGCGUGAAAUCAACGGAUACCUCUUCAUGUAUCGCGUCUCAGGGUUACAGUCCUUGCGGACUCUCUUUCCCAACCUAGCGGUAAUACGUGGACGGGAUCUCGUAUUUAACUACGCGUUCGUCCUGUAUGAGAUGUUUGACUUGAGGGAGAUUGGGCUUGCCAACCUGGCUACGAUCAGUCGUGGAGGUGUGAGAAUCGAGAAGAAUCCGGCCCUGUGCUUUGUUCACACCAUUAACUGGAAGACGAUCUUGAAUAAUUCGAAUCCGGAUACUGAAUUGGAGCAAGCCAACUUCAUCCUAGAGAACAAAGACCCAGACCUUUGCAACGAGUGUCCCAGUUCACUCGGUUGCCACGACAAUACAUGUUGGACUGCACGUGAUUGCCAGAUCAAUUUCAAUUCGCAGUGCCCUAAAUGCAAUUCGAGGAUGUGCAACACCAGCGACGUGCCUGGGAUCUGCUGCCAUGAACAGUGUUUGGGUGGAUGCUACGGUGAACGAAACAAUGACUGUGUGGCCUGCAAACAUGUUCUAGACCAAGAAGGCCACUGCACGGAGAAGUGCGCACCAGAAACCUACUUGCUAAAUGGCAUUCGUUGCAUAAGUGAGGACGAUUGCGUGUCUGGUGAGGGUCGGUCGGGGCCUGGCCAUUCCUGGAUACUUCAUAAUCAGGUGUGCCGCAGGGACUGCCCCACUGGCUGGACAAAGAACGAAAGCAACCCCAACUAUUGCAAACACUGUGGCGAGGCCUGCCCACGCAUCUGUCCAGGGGCAUAUAUAGACAGUGUAACGGCAGCACAGAAAUACAAGGGAUGCACGGUCAUAGAUGGCACGUUGGAAAUACAGGUCCGCUCUGGAAAGAACAUUGUGAAGGAGCUGGAGGCAAAUCUGUACUCUAUCCAUACUGUCAAACACUAUGUGAAAAUCGCCAGAUCAUUUCCACUGGUCUCACUCAGCUUCUUAAGGAAUCUGCGUGAAAUUGGUGGUGAACGAUUACUGAACAACAAGCAUGCAUUUGUCGUGCUCGAUAAUCAAAACCUGGAAGAUAUUUGGGAUGUGAACUUGCACGUCAAUCUCACGAUCCUCAAAGGAAAGAUGUUCUUUCACUACAACCCUAAGCUAUGCCCCAAUAACAUCACACAAUGGGCGAAUGCCGUUAUCAUGCCAGAAGACCAGCGCAAAGGAAUGGAUGACACAGAUAUCUCAUUGACAUCUAAUGGUGACAAAGUUGCAUGUGACAUACAAAUGCUGAGAAUAGAGGUGCGUCCAAUUGACGGUGAGCUGGCGAUAGUGAAGUGGGAUAACUACAGGACAGAUGACCCACGGUCAUUGUUGGGCUUUGUCAUCUACUGUCGAGAAGCCCUGCACCAAAACCUGACAAUCUUCGACGGGAGAGAUGCCUGCGGUAGUAAUGAUUGGAGAAUGGUAGACGUCGCUGCACCUGAGGAAGACAACUAUAGUAACUCGACUAGAGGCUUUGACGAUACGUCCAACCUUGAAAUUACUGAGCUGCUAGGCGAUCUGAAACCAUACACGCAGUACGCCGUCUACGUGAAGACGUACACGAUAGCCCGUGAAUCUCAGGGGGCCCAGAGUAACAUCUUUUACUUUACAACCAAAUCGUCAGAGCCAACACCACCGAGAAGUGUGACCGUGAAGGCAGACGUCAACUCGCUGAGAAUAAACUGGGAGGCUCCUCUCCACCCAAACGGCAUAAUCACCCACUAUGAGGUCAGGUUCCAGCAGAUUCCUGAUGAUCCAGAAAAUUAUAAAGAUUGGAAUGUCUGCAGUGACAUUCGUCACAAAAAAGGACAUGAUUCAGAUGGGGAGACGUCUACCCCACCUCAAGUGCCCACCAUACCGAAACCGACGACGCCCACAGGCACAGAUGGUGAUUGUCCAGUCUGUGACUGUGAUCAGCCCGUGAAGAAAACACCAGCAGAAGAGGAGAAAACCAACCAGAUUGUGUUUGAAAAUUUUCUACACAAUAUGGUGUACCAGAAAAGGGACAUCGGAAGCGAAUAUGAUAGAAUAGUCUCACCGGAGACGAAGUUCCCAACGGCCAUACCAAACAGGCGGCGGCGCGAGAUCUCUCCGAUGGACAGGCGUGACAGCGCUGUGCCUACAGAGCUCAGCGUAUCCAUCAACGAGACAUAUGCUGUCACUGACGAUGAUGAUGGGGUGCCCAUUGGAAACGAAACCAAAGUGGAGGAGGUGCCAACUUUAGUUACAAAAGACCUGGCCGUGGAACUGGAGAACUUGCACCACUUUACGUUUUAUACGAUAGAGGUGAGGGCAUGCCAUGCGUAUGAUAAAGAUACAGGCACUAAGCUUUGUUCAACAAUUGCCAUGACUACCGGGAAUACACUCCCGAAAGCCGAUGCGGAUUUGAUCAACUCGACUAUCGAGGUGUUGGUGAACUCUUCUAGCUCCUCAAUGAAGAGCACCGUAAUCAUCAAGUGGACGGAUCCUCUUCAGCCAAAUGGUGUCAUUUUGGGAUACUCGAUGAAAUUCAUGGAUGGAGCAAGUUCGUCGAAUACAACUGCAGUGAGUUGCUUCACAAAAAGCCAGAUUUUUGCACAUGGAGGGAUCAUUCUCUACCGAGGUGAAGGAAACUAUUCCUUUCAGCUAGGUAUCAUCUCCCUAGGAACACUGCCAUACCAAGACCACACAACGUACUGGACGGAACAAAGAUACUUCAUUGUUCAGAAAGCCCAUGGACUACCAGUUGAAAUCAUUGUUGCAAUAGCCUGUGCUGUGGGCAUUGCUGGCUUAUUGGUUAUAACAACAGCUAUAUGGGUUUUUGCUAAGAAAAGGUACAGAGCACACGAGCUUCUGAACGGUUCACUCAUCACCAGCAUCAACCCUGAGUACAUGAGCUCCGCAGAUGUCUACAAUCCUGACGAGUGGGAGGUCGGACGUGAUAAGAUCAAUCUAAUCCGUGAGCUUGGGCAGGGAUCAUUCGGUAUGGUGUACGAGGGAGAGGUGAAGGAUCUAGUGCUGCCUAACGAGAAGACUCGCUGUGCUGUGAAGACCGUUAACGAGUCGGCCUCUAUCAGAGAGCGGAUAGAGUUCCUAAAGGAGGCGUCUGUAAUGAAAGCUUUCAACUGUCACCACGUUGUGAAACUCUUGGGUGUGGUAUCCAUAGGGCAGCCUACACUCGUUGUCAUGGAACUUAUGGGUAACGGUGACUUAAAGACUUAUCUGCGUAUGCAUCGCCCCGAAAUUGAGAACGCAAAACAUAAUCGUGAACCGCCCACCGACCGUGAAUUUCUAGGAUGGGCCGGGGAGAUAGCUGAUGGCAUGGCUUACUUGUCAGCGAAGAAGUUUGUUCAUAGGGACCUGGCAGCUAGAAACUGCAUGGUUGCAUCUGACCUCACUGUCAAGAUCGGAGAUUUUGGCAUGACCAGAGACAUAUAUGAAACUGAUUACUACCGAAAGGGAGGUAAGGGUUUACUUCCCGUUCGGUGGAUGGGACCAGAAUCGUUGAAGGAUGGGGUGUUCACUUCACAAUCGGAUGUUUGGUCGUAUGGGGUUGUGCUUUGGGAAAUGGCAACUCUAGCAUCCCAGCCAUAUCAGGGAUUAUCAAAUGAGGAAGUGUUGAAGUAUGUUAUCAGUGGAGGUAUCAUGGAUAAGCCAGAAGAUUGUCCUGAUCAGUUCUACGAGUUAAUGAAGCUGUGCUGGCAGCAGAGCCAAAAGCAGAGGCCGACAUUCAUUGAAAUCAUCGAGAUUCUGCGAGAUGACCUCCCUGUAUCAUUCCGUGAGCAAUCGUUCUACGACCAGGAGUACUUGAAAGAGCAGCAGCACUCGCUGCUAGACUGUCAGUACGACGACAGAGUUGGCGCUCAGAUAGGGGAACUCGAGGAAAUAUCUCUGCACAGUCGCCAUUCGGACGAAUCGCUGAACAUGCAGAAUACGCCGCAGGAAGACUGUCAUAACUGUAUGGGCCAACUCGGCGACACGUCUCCGCACGAGGAGCAGCGCCCUCUGUCGGGGAGGAACAGUGCAAUCAGCAUGUCGGGCGAUGGUAGCAAGGGCUCGUCAAAGGGCAGCAGUAGCACGACGAGCAAGAGCAGUGGCUACCAGCUGAUGAACGGUGGUAUGGCCAAUGGUCAUUUACAUAUGAGUACGUGCGUACCAAAGACGACAGAGUGCUAGCAGCGGUCCAGCUUGAACGUGUCGAACCUCCUCGAGCACGCACGCACGCACCCGCCGCACGACACGCGUACGCACGCACCGGC